GGGCCGCGCGUGGUGCUGCUGCUGAGCGGGAAGAGGAAAUCGGGGAAGGAUUUCGUGGCCGAACAGCUGCGGAACCGGCUGGGCCCCGACGUCUGCACCAUUCUGCGCCUCUCCGGGCCCCUCAAGGAGCAGUACGCCAAGGAGCAUGGUCUCGACUUUGAGCGGCUCCUGGAUGCCAGCACCUACAAGGAGCUGUUCCGUCAGGAUAUGAUCCGCUGGGGCGAGGAGAAGCGCCAGAGCGACCCCGGCUUCUUCUGCCGGGCAGCAGUCGAGGGGGCACUGCAGCCAGUGUGGGUGGUGAGUGACACACGGCGUCUCUCAGAUGUGGAGUGGUUCCGGGAUGCCUACGGGGAUGUGGUGCAGACUGUGCGGGUGGUAGCUUCUGAGGAGACAAGGAAGAGGAGGAACUGGGUCUUUGUCACUGGGGUGGACGACGCUGAAUCUGAGUGCGGCCUGGACCAGGGAGUGGCCUUUGAUUGGGUCAUCACCAAUGACGGGGAUGAGGUGGCCCUGGGCGAGCAGCUGGAGAUGCUGGUGCAGUCACUCCACAGGAGCCUAUAGCUCCACGUCUCUCCACUGGGGCUUGGGGACUGCAUCAUCCCCCCUUCUCCCCAGCCCCUCAGCAUCUCCCCCUGCACCUCCUGCUAACGCUUGCUGCUCUGUAAUAAAGCUCUGACACUGAGAACCA